UGAUAAACACCUAUAAUUAAUAAUAAAUAAUAAUAAUAAUAAUAAAAAUGACAAUAAUAAUAAUAAUAAUAAUAAUUUUAAAUUAGACAAUAAAAAAAUUGAUUAUAUCAGACAUUCUCGCGUAACAGAACUGUUAAAUUUGACACGUUCGUAACGUAAGAUUCAAAACUCUUAAUUAAUAUCUCUUAAAUUGAUAGAAACUGUAGGACAUAGCUAAUAAAAAAACAAGUUAUAUAAAAUGCGAUCUAUCGUAGCAUAAAACGUAAACCACGAUAGGAUUGAUGGAAAUAGCGUAUCUUCGGAAUGGGGCUGUGGGGUGGUUGUACAAACCCCUCUAUCCAUCCCUUCCGAUACUCGUUUCCUUCCUAUAUAAACGGAGACCGUGACUGCGCGACGGUCACAGACACUGGGAUCGCGUGUCCCAAACGUUAGAAACCUUACUUGUCCCUUCUCUACCAAAGUCGAUACGUCGGAAUUCGGCCGAAGGGUUGUUUCGUUUCAUCAAAGAUCAAGGAAUAUUUUUUUUAUUAUCAUUUCGAUGAUUAUACGAACAUGAUAAUACAUAAACUGAAUAAAUGAAACCUAUGUAAAUUAGUGAUAUGAACGUACACGUGUUCUUGAUCCAAACGAUUGCGUUGAAUCAAACGAAGAAAUCCAAAGAUCCAAAAGUUGUCAAUUAAGGUCAAUUAAAAAAAAAAUGCCUGCUAUAUGGUCAUCGUCAGAAAGACCAUUAUCAGUACGAACUAUUUGGGUGGAUGGUAUUCGUCACGCUGUUCUAUCACCAGACGAUCCUUUGAUCAACACGAAGAUACGUCGACGACCGCAUACAUCGAAAGCUACGAAGGAUAUCAAAAGACAAUUGUUGGAACGUCGAAGUGUCAAAGAGGAUUUUAUGAUAGAAAUUAAAAGUAUCGACGAACUGUGGAACUCGUCGAACGAUUCGUCGAGAUCUAACGUGGACAAAUUCGAAUUACCAGAGAUACGUUCGAAUCUUUUGUCGGAGAGAGUCCUUCAAUGGUUGGAUUUAUCAGGGAAAGUUCAGAAUUACGUGAAAGACGUAGAGGAAAUAGGUGAACGUUUGAAUAUUGAAGAAUAUCGAGAUUCGAAGAAAUUUCUAUCGAGCAAGCAUGAGAUUUCUUCGAUGAAAAGAAAGAUGGCGAUGCACAAUUAUAAAUUAAAUAGAGAACGAAAACCGGAAUGUUUGGAAAGAAGCGAACGUAGAAUGGCUAGAAGAAAAUUAUUUGAAAUCGAUGAACGCGCGAAGAGAAAGGAUUUAAUUGAAAUUGAAGAAAAAAAGUCUGCCAUCAAAGAAGAAGAUCCAUCGAAAAUGGCGGUAGGGGAAGACAAAGACAAAGACAAAGACAAAGAAAAAGAAAAAGGAGACGAAGAAAAAGAAAAAAAAAGUUUCACUAAUUCUUGGUCCUCCGUUGGCCGACCACAGCUACAUAUCUUCAUGCCGAAACUUAAUUGCAACGAGAAAAGACAUGAAUCUUCUCAGGAAUCCCUCGUUUGCGAUUAAUUUUCGAAGGAAUUAUUCAGCAAGGCGAAUAUAAAUUUGAUCUUAUCCGUCUUCUUGCUAACGUGAUAUAUUAACAUAUCCAAGAUAAUUAAUUUCGCUUCCAAACUUUAUGAUAAUUACGAUUUUGUCGUUUCGAACAAUUUUUAAAUAUUCUAAUCAUAGUGAUAUAUAUAACAAAAAAUAAUUAUAAACAAGUUUUCUCAUAAAAUAUUUAGCUAUAUUAUUAUAAAAAAAAAUCAAUUGUAUUCGAUGUUUCUCUUUAAACAAAAAAAAAUUUAUUGUUUCUUAUUGGGAGGAGAGGGGAGAGGGAGAAAAAAAAGGACAAAAAAAUUAUUACUAUUUAUACCUUAUAUGUAUAGUACCAACGUGAGAUAUCACCGAGAGUUCUCUUUUUUUUUUAUGAUCAUCUUUCACUCGGUUUAAAAAGAACACGCGUAAAUCGUAGAGCAGAUAACGAUACGGUAAUGCAAGAGAGAAGGUGCUUAGAACUUCGAAAUAAUUAGAGUAAAGUAUUUAGAUUGCUUCCGCUAUGGUACAAAGGCAUUUUGUCACGCAGUGUCGUGUCAGUUAUGUUACUUUUCCGAAUACCACACAGACACGAAGAGUUAACCAUCUAACGUUCUAACGUUCGCACGAAAUUAUUUCCUAACGUAUAACUAAGUUGACAUACUUUCUUCUGUAACUCGCUUUAGUUUCUAUCUUUUAUUCAAUUUUCUUUUUUAUUUUAUUUUAUUUUAUUUUAUCUUUUUUUCUUCUUUUAUUUCUUUUUCUUCUCCCCUUUAUUUUUUUUCCUUCUCAAAUAAUUUUUGCGAAAUCUGUUAUUAACGUGUCUUUAGAAGACUCCGUGGAAUCUUUUUUUUUUAACAUUUAACAAUUUCUUAGAAUUUAGAAAAAAAAAGAAAAGAAAACGAUUUAAUUUAUCAAUGAGCAUUAAAAACGGAUUUUACUUCUAUACGAUCAGAUUGCACGCGACGUUAUUUGUCUUCGACUUUUAUUUAUUCGAUCGGUAUUUUUAUUAAUUAAUGAUAAAUAUAUUGUUAAAUAAAUGAUCAUAGAAAUAUGAAUUCAUUUUGUAUUCAGUAUAAAUAAUUAAUUGUCAUAAAUAAAGCGUCAUUUGUAUCAGCGUCAUUCGUCGUACUGAUAUUUCAUUAUAAAUACUGAUCAAACGUUUAAAAUUUUGAUUGAUGUAAAUGGCAAUCUUUGUUUCUCACGAAUCGCACAUAUAUAAUGAGUCACACGAUUUACGUAUAAUUUUGCAAUCAUUAGUCAUAGAAAUUGUACGGCAUAGUUUAGCUCAUGUCUAUUAGAAGACAAUUUCUAAGGAUAAUAGUGAAUAAGAAUAAAGAAAGUUCGAGAAAAUCAACUUUCUUCCUUUUGUUUGUGCACUUGUGUUAAUUUGUACUAAUUUAGGCUUUAUAUCACGAUUAAUCAACGCGAUUAUUAUAAUCACAACUCUUUUCUCUUCAUCGAAAAGACACAUAUAAAAUAACGAUACUUUUUAAUUUGAUGUCGCGUGUUCUCUUGAUGAAACUAAGAUUAUUAAAGUUUCUAACAAAACUUUAUUAUACUUUUUUUAAAGUGACA